AUGACAAGUAUCGAUGCCGCUUUUACUGAACGGGGCACUGGGCCAUACACUUUGGCUUUAAAGGUCAAGGUUGUUGCGGUUAAGCCUGCAGAAGUAUACAGGAAGGAUGGCGAAGAGAAAAGAGUCAUGAACUUUGCCAUGAGUGACGGCAUUACCACGGCAAAAGGGAUCUGCUACGACCCGGCAAAGUUUUGUAAAUUGCAGGUGGGCAACACUUUGGUUGUGCGAAACAGCAUUCGCCGAACAGAGGAUGAGGUGAGAGUCCUCAUCUUGACGAGCACAUCGAAGGUGCUCAUGUCAGCACCCCUUCAGGUGCCUCCACAACAUGUGCAGGAGGGUGAGAGGCUUCUGAAUCCACCACCGGCAGAGAUUGUUGCAAUAAAAACUGCACUUACUUCACCUGCAAAGAAACGGGUCUCCAUAAGUGGGAAAGUCACUCAGGAAGACGAACCGAGAGAGGUGCAGGUCCAAGGUGGAAUGGUCCCCAUCAAGACCAUCACUGUCAUGGAUGACAGUUCAAAGACACAGGUCACUCUCUGGCGUGAUGCCGUUCAAAGUGAUGUGAGGCCUGGUGACCAUGUGACGAUCACCGAUGUGAUCGUCAACAGCUAUCAGAAUGUCCUGUCACUGUCCACAACUGCGAGGUCGAAAAUCCAAAUGACAAGUAUCGAUGCCGCUUUUACUGAACGGGGCACUGGGCCAUACACUUUGGCUUUAAAGGUCAAGGUUGUUGCGGUUAAGCCUGCAGAAGUAUACAGGAAGGAUGGCGAAGAGAAAAGAGUCAUGAACUUUGCCAUGAGUGACGGCAUUACCACGGCAAAAGGGAUCUGCUACGACCCGGCAAAGUUUUGUAAAUUGCAGGUGGGCAACACUUUGGUUGUGCGAAACAGCAUUCGCCGAACAGAGGAUGAGGUGAGAGUCCUCAUCUUGACGAGCACAUCGAAGGUGCUCAUGUCAGCACCCCUUCAGGUGCCUCCACAACAUGUGCAGGAGGGUGAGAGGCUUCUGAAUCCACCACCGGCAGAGAUUGUUGCAAUAAAAACUGCACUUACUUCACCUGCAAAGAAACGGGUCUCCAUAAGUGGGAAAGUCACUCAGGAAGACGAACCGAGAGAGGUGCAGGUCCAAGGUGGAAUGGUCCCCAUCAAGACCAGCACUGUCAUGGAUGACAGUUCAAAGACACAGGUCACUCUCUGGCGUGAUGCCGUUCAAAGUGAUGUGAGGCCUGGUGACCAUGUGACGAUCACCGAUGUGAUCGUCAACAGCUAUCAGAAUGUCCUGUCACUGUCCACAACUGCGAGGUCGAAAAUCCAAAAAACAGAAGCUCCCCUUGUACAGUCUAUCGUCACUGUGGAGGCAAUCGGUGUGAGCGACGGAGUAGCUGAAUGUUUUUGUAACAACGGAGAAAUUGUAAACAUGCCUGCUGAACUUCUCCAGCAGGCAUUAGAGGAGGAUGGACUUGUAAUGCCUGACAUCGAGAUGGCCACUGCAACUGCUCCAAUUGACCUGCAGUUGGUCUCCAAGGGCUCUGAAGUUGUGAGCGUCAUCAAAUUGUAGUUAACAUGAAAGUUCUGUACAUGUACAAAGUGUAA